AUUUUUCAAUACUUUUCAGAGUCUAUAUAGUGAAAAUUCUUAUCUCCUCUACAAACACCCUAUCAUUUUCGCACUCAAUGGAGAAAUGGCGGAAAAACAAACUUCAUCGAGCGCUGGUGCGGCGCAUAAAAAUGAAGAUUUAGAGUUUCCGUACGAAUGGGUCGCGCAACACUGCGACUCGAGCGAUUCAAGUUUUGCCAUCAGCAAGGAGCUGGCGGUAAAAUUCGCAAAAUUGAAAACAAUGAAUGAGGCAGCUGAUGAGGAUGCUCAAAAAGUUUUGCAAUCUCUUAAACAAGGCCAGCAAGAAACAUUGAAACAAAUACAAAAACAAGAACAACUGCCCUUGCCUCUCAACCUGCAAACCAUUGGUCCAGACACGAAAAAGAUCUUUGAAGAUAUUGCUGAAGAAAUGACUAUUAAUAGGUCCCACAUCCCUGUAAAUAAUUGUGAAGACGAAUUUCUUGGGAAGGAGCUUGCGAAAUCUGGUCAUCAACUAGAUAUAGCCAAAAUGGAGAGGGUCUCAGAGGAAUUAGAUCUGAUCAUUGACCAGAUUAAGGCGUUGAAACAACAGUUUUUGGGAGACUGUGAUGAAAGUGAUGAAGACAAAAAUGAAAGAAAAGCGUCAGAGGCUGUGGAUUUUCUUGAGGAGAAGGCAGCCGCUUGCAAAGAAGAUUUUAAUGAAGAUGCUUCGAAGAAGUAUUGCAAGUCUUUCCAAGAAUACCAAGAGGUGAAAGCCUUUCUGAUAAAAUUGGAGCAGGAGAAAAACAAGGAGGCCGAGUUGGACGCUGCCCUGGCCAAGUACAGCGACCUUCCGCCUGAUAUUGAGCUGGCUGAAAAAGCCCUGAAGCAAAAGGAAAAGGAAAUGAAAGAACUGAGUGCAGAGAUUGAGUUCUUGAAGAACAACAUCGGUGACGGCACCCUCGAUAUGUUCAACCACUGAACCUUCCAUGAUUAUUAUUCUAAAACAACGAGCAUUUAACGAUCUGUUCCGUCUGUCCAGGAGCAAGACUGAUUUUUUCGAGAAUGCUUUUUGCAUUGAGGUCCAUGUUGUAUAAAUUGUUCUGUUCAAUUCACCUGGUUUAAAUCAUCAGCGUAUUUGUAAAUGUACAGUUUUGUAUUGAAUUAAACCCUCCAGUUAAAUAAGGGAA